AUGGCACCAAUCGUUCACUCGCAGCUGGAUGAACAAUCUGCCCCCAACUCCAGUCCUCCUUCAUCUCCUGGAUCCUCUUCCGACAAGGAGAACCCUCGACGACGAACCAUCAACAAAAGAUCAAAAGCGCAAAUGGCACCCCCAAGCCACGAUAAACGGCGUCGCCUCACCGAUCGCACCUCCAACAUCCACUCGCAGAUUCCCUCAUCGCAACGCGUUGGGAAGAACAAGUUCUACGACCCUGAUCAAGAUAUAAACGAACGAAGAAAGGUUCGUCGGGAUCUCAGAGAUUUAACAAGAGAGUUCAACGACUCGCGAGGCGAGUUUCUCCAGUCCGGUAACGAUGGAAUCGUCAAGACCGUUACACAAUUGAACCACCUCUACACGAAAGUCAAACAGACCUCAGAUGCCACCCUUGACUCGCGACUCCUGGUCAACGCAGCCGACCUUUCCCAUAAGAAAACCGCCCAGCUCGCCGUUGGCGAAUCCGGUGCCGGUAUUGACGUUGAUGAAUUCGUUUCCAAGUGUAUCUCUUAUAUGCGCCGGGGUCUUGAAUCAACCAUCACCCCAACCCAGCGCCGGCGCCACCAACAAAGCCAAAGAGAUCCCAAUGCCAGUGAUGGCGAGGACGAUGGCGAUGCGAUGAACUGGGACUGGCUUGGCCGUAAGGCUUGUCUGCCGUUUAGUUCUCGCCCGACUGUGUCAGGAUUUUUGCUGGGCCCGCUCUCCGUGGAGAAGCGCACGCGACAAUUCACGCAGCGAAAGGCGACGGAGCGCCCCGACCCUUCGCAACUUGUACGGCCAAACGAUCCAGUCCAAGAAGACCUUGGACAAGAGGACAACAACCUCACAGUAAUGUGUUCCACCAUCGGCAAACUUCUGUCCGAUACGCAAGUACAGCGCCAGCAGCAAGUACAAGCGGAAUUGGAGAACGAGUAUGGGGAAGACGCCCCGGAAGAAGCACUUCAAGCCACCAUGGACAAGUACGACGUGUGCGAUGAUGGUGGUAUCCCUCUGUUCAAAUUCUGUAUCAACCCGCACUCUUUUGGGCAGAGUGUUGAAAAUCUGUUCUAUGUGAGCUUUUUGGCCCGUGAUGGCAAUGCUGGCAUCAGCACGGAUAGUCGCCAGAUUCCAACACUUCAUUCUGCACAUCCAUACCAGCCCAGCGAAGCUCAGCAAAAGGGCAUUCAGAAACACCAGGCUAUCUUCAGUCUCGACUUUGAAACUUGGCGAGAAAUUAUCAACACAUUCGAUAUCAAGGAGUCCAUCAUACCCCAUCGCGAGGAAAUUGAAGAGGCCAGUGGAACCUGGCAAUAA